UUUGAUAUACAUAAACAGCAGUUUGUGUAAUAACAAUAAAGUUUACAAAUACACGAACAGAGGAACAUUUGGAAAUUAUACCGUAUUACUCAGCUUAUUUUAUUGUUUUAACUAGUAACUUUACAUUAAACUGCUAAUUGUUUUUAUAUUUAAUCCACUCAAUUACAAAAAGUGUUCGAUAGUAGUAAGUUUUGUUAUUAAAUAAAAAAAAUAGUACGUGAAAGGUCGUUGCGAAGUGGGGCGAACUAAAGUAAACAAAGUAUAUGCUACUGCCGGUCCCAUAGUAAGUUCUAGAUGGCGCGUAUAUCGAUGGCGCUAUGCGUGUGGUUUUGCGAAGUUUAGGAGGUCUAAGGACCAUGGAAAGGUUAUCCCAUGACUUAAACCUGGCUCUGGAGGAGAGCAACUGUGGCAAACAGGAGCGAAGAAAGCUUGGAAUGCGGAGGCGUACCAGGUCCGCAGGAAACUUGCCUGCUGCUGUAGCUGUGAGCUUAGUUGAAGAUGGCAGCUCAAGCAGUCCGCCCCAGGCCCCGCUCAUCACACAGCCUCUAUCAGACUCUGACGAUCCUCACCUCAGCAUACACAAGUCAACUAACCUAAAAUCACGACACUAUUGUCAGAUCGGCAACUUUGAGUCUGAUUCCUUCAAUGAGAACUUCUCACCGACCAGGCCAGCAAAUGCCAGGAGGAAACGGAAGUAUAAAAAGAUGCCAGUUGACUAUGCGGAUGGAAAGAGGUCGCCACCGAUUGAAAUAUUGAGUAUAACUACCGAGCUCAACGCAAUACCAGUGCCCGUCGUACAGCAAACACAGAGCGUUUCGCCUCUCGUACACGGGAACAAACAGAAACCGGACAGAAACAUAUUUUGCGGUAAACGUAAAUGGUCCCACAGGGAUAAGGGCGAUGGAUGUGAAAUGAGAGAGAGAUCUUUCAGUGGCGGCUGUACAUCGAAAUCGGCGUAUUUCAAAAACGAUAUAAAAUCUCGGAAGUGCGACUUGGAAAAAAAGAAAAAGGACACAGUUCUGCAACCGGGGAAAAUUGUUUUGCAGCCACAGAAUCUAGAGGAAGAGAAACCUUGUUCGUUAACUUCACUCCCGGGAAGUUCCAGUUUCAACUUUGUAUACAAGAAUACGUCUAAAAAUGGUACACCAAUACUCUCCAAACUAACAGGUUACCGAAUAGCGACGGAUCUACCCCCGUUUUUCAAUCCUAUGUGUAAAAACCACUUGGAAGCGAAGUAUCAGAGGAAAAUAAAGAUUCUGAACAAAACUCAUCCGCCCUCUUCAUUGAGAAAUCCUUUGCUAUUUGAUGAGGCUAAUGUUGGAAUGGAUUGUACAGGGAACGAAAGCAGCUCUUUGAGCAGUAGCGAUUCAGAUGGAGUUAUCACAAAUGAUAGUGAUAGAGAAGGUGACGAUGAAUUAACAGACUGGCCCGGCAUCGAGGAACUGAAAGUGUUCAACAAAAGCCUCACCUUCAAAUCUUCCAAAUCAAUCAAUAACAACUGCACGAAAUCUGUCAGCAAUAUGCCCCCACCGAAGAGAUUGAAAAAAGAGAAACCUGUAGUGAAAAGCGGAUGGGCUAACUGCAAGAAUAGGUUCAAAAAGAAACGGCCGAAAGUCGAUUCGGGGAACGAAGAUGACGCAAUGAUGUCCGAUUCGAAGACAGUUGUGGAUGUUGAAGACGAAAUUUUGAAGGAAAAAGAGAUUCUGCCGCAUUCUUCCUUUUCGACGUUCGGCGAUAUUAUGAACGCGAGUGCGUCCGGGCAAAACGCGGAUGAGUCCUUCUACCAGUCCUUUCAGGCGUUUCAAGAGAAGUCGGAGAAAGAGUUUGGUCAGACACCGCGUACGAACUUCACUUUGCAGAAGACAUCGUCUAGCGAUUUGAACCUGAGCGAGAAGUCUCCCCAAAGCGACCAUUAUUACAGCGAGCAUUCAAUGAACGCUGGGGUGGCGGAAGUGAGGGAAAUAAGGGCUGGCUGCAGGAGAAUAAGGGAAGAAAGACCAGGUUUCCUCAUUCUUAGUGCAGCGAAUGAGCAGCUGUCGAAGUUUCUGCAGGACUCGUGCCAGACUGAGCUCAAAUUAUCCAGUUUUCAAGAUCCUAUGGAGAAGGAAAAGUUAGAGUCGUUAGCUAAGCUGUAUUCUUUGGAGUUACAAGUGGAGAUGGGGAGGCCUAUUCUAAGGAAAACCAGUAACACAACUCAAGCAAUCCGAGUAGAGAACUAUUCCUCCCGGAAUUUCCCAUCCGACCACAAGCGGCGAUGCUACGGCGAUGAUGCGGACACGAGUCUCAGUUUCAGCGACCCGAACUCCGUGACCUCUGCCAACGAACUCGACGACUCGAUACCGGAGGUCAAAAGCGAAGCGGAUAUCGCCCAGGAGUUAGCUGACUCCUUCUCUUACGCCCAAGUGGAUAAAUCUUUGUUGCAUCCAGGAGAUUUGGAUUGAGGUGAACCGCGAAAAUGUAAAUGUGAGGAAAGUAAAAUCACUUAAGGCUUUAAGCCACAUAUUUUAUAAUAAAUCAAUGUGAAUUAUGCUUUGUCUAAUUUAAGACGAAAAUUUUAGCAGCUUACGUCUAUAAUCUAUUACGCAAUCCUUAUGCCUUAGUGUGUUUGCAUUUUUGUUUGUUUGUCCUUCUUUCACGACAUAACUAAGCCACCAAUCUUUUUGAUUUGUUAGAGUAAGUUGAAAGGACGGAGAGUAACAUAUGCUACUUUUUAUCCAAAAAAAACAAAUUGUACCCACGGACAUUGUAAUAAACGCGGACGGAGAUUGUAGACAAUAGCUAGCUUAUUAAAAAAAAACUAUUACGAUCACGCAAUAUCUACAAGCUCUCAAAAUUGACAUCUUAUGAUAGACAAAGCAUAACUCAUCUUCCAGAAGUGAAUAUAAAAAACGAGUCCUCCGUAAGCGGCGGCGUGAAAAUAUAUGCAAAGACGCACCGGUUUAUUGCAAAGCGAAUAGCAGCUUAAUAAAAACGUGAUUUUAAAGCUAUAGCUUUAUCAAUUUUCGUCACAGUAAAUCAAUACAAGCAAUGCCAUCUUGCGGACAGUUGAAACAUUGGUAUUCUUGUGCCUAAAAGUGUCACUAGAUGGCGACGCUUUUUACCUUAUUAUAAACUUAAAAAGUAUUUUACCAUAAAUUGAAUUUAGAAACUAAAUUAAAGUUAAAUAUUUAUAUUUUUUUAUUAAAUGUAGUUAAUUUUUGUAUAUCAUGUUAUACUUGAACGUACGUAACAUCUAGUGAUACUUGAACGUACUAAAACACUGAGUUUUCUACCUGCCUGCAAUUUUGUAUUAAUUUCAAUACCAAAUAACAAAAAUGUAUAUAAUUUUUUUUUGUCUCAAAUAUGAAAGAAUAGUAUUUUAUAUCAAGUAACACUCAAUGCCAUCUAGUGAUACGUAAAGGUAUCAACUAUUCGGUACAUAAAAAUGCUUUCAGUUUCUAUUACAGGUUUAAAUUUCACGUCACCGCCUUGGUUGAACAUUUUUUUGUGUACUAUUUCUCGUAUGUCCAAAUAGAUAAGACCUUUGAAAGGUAAAAAUAUAUUUUUUUGAUCUCUCUGCCGAUUAACAUUCGUGUUUCUUGGAUGUAUCAAAAGUGAAAAUCUAACAAAGGUUAAUAAAUGAAAUUAGGUUAAAUAAUGAACAAGGGUUAGUAAAUUGUAAUUUAGAAUUCUGUUAUGCUGAUCGCACAUUGCACAUUUUCCACCCAAUAAUGUGUUCGGCGUCUGUAACACAGCCACGUCUAGUCGACCAGAUCUCUGUGACCUCUACAUACGCAGUAUAUUACUUAAUAUUGUAGGUUAAUAGUGAGUGGUGCUGAUGAAGUUAUCGUGGCUGUAAUGUGCGGUUAGCAAGUGUCUUUGUAUAGUUAAAAUAUAUGUAGCGAAUAUAAUCAUGAUUAUGUUUAAGAUAUAGGCAGAUUAUAAACAGAAUGAUAAUCGUUAUGUCAUCUUAUCUAACAGAGAUGGUGUGGCGUGAUAGGUUUAGGGGAAACUUGUCUGUUUUUUUUACAGUUUACUUAAGACAGUUAAUUGAAAUAAAAACCACUGACUUAUUUACCUUUACAUAUUAUGAGCACUGCAAAAAAUACUUAAAUCCACGUUUAAUUAUCGUUUCAGUUGUUGGAUAAUAAAAUGUUGGAUAGGAAGUAAUAAAUAAAAAUAUCAUGGAAUAUAAAAGACUGGAAUACUUAAUAUGCUGAAAGCGUUUCAGAGUAAUAAGCAAACUUUUGUUCCGCGACAUUCUCCUGGAAUCAAUACAUUAUUUAGAGACUGUUUAAAGUUUUCAUAGCAAGCUACGUGGUGACAACCUUAACAUCGCUUGUGUUUGUAUUUGAGGUCACAGAUUGCUAAAGCAAUACUCUGGCCUUCUUGCCUUCUUCUGACUUUUUAGCUUUAAAAGAGAUUAUAAAUGUUAAUUUCAUUUUGUUUCGGAGUAUUUUGAUUUCGAAUUUAGUUUGUAAAAGUCGGUCAGUUCAUUCUUGAGUUCUUAAAUUAAUGAUUUGACUGUUUAACGUGCGUACUUACAGAUACUAUCAUUAACAAAAUGCUAAUAACACGUCCUGUUAAAUCUAAGGUAGGGAUUUAAACUAGAAUGAAUCUAAAUAUUGUCAUUGCGAAUAUGAAAUUAUGUAAUAUGUCAUUUUAUAGUCAUAAAAACAUUUCUUUUCCUUUUAUUGCGAUUUUUCUAUUGGAAAUGCCUUUCUGCCUAAGUUAAUAUAUCGAUACUAGUACGACUGCUGUUACUUUUGCUUCAAUAAAUCUAACAAACUUGUUGUCUUUUAAAUCUCAAUAUAAUGCAAAAAAGCCUCUAAUUCAUUGAUAACGAUUGUUUUUGGACAGCUCAUGAGUAUUCCUUACCGCUACCGAAUUUUGUCAAUUAAAACCGAUAAUAGUUGUAGUCAUUACUCUUUAUAUUUGGUUUUCAUACAUGUUUUGUCUGUGAAAUAGAUUGUUCAUGUUUGCAUUGAUAUUGUAAAUUAUACAGGCAAUAAGGAAAUGUUGGUUAUAUUUACUUCGAGUAAAAUUAUUCUUAUAAGAUGCCAUGUACAAAUUAUUGGUCAUAAAUUGUUGAUAAUAUUAUCGUGCCAGUGGCGUGCACAGAGGGUAUGUAUGCACAGGGGAUGCAGACUAUAUAUAAUGAAAAAAAUCUCCAGUACAAGGUAUAAAAACUUUAGGUAGGCUUUUUAUAACUCUAACAACGCCUAUCCUUAUGUUUUUUAUAGCCCAGAUUGGCGAUUUUUUAUAGUUUAUAUCUAUUGCCCACUUAGUGCAUUCCCUGUGCAUACUUUGUAUGCACGCCACUGGUAAUCAUGCCUAUGUUUAAGAGGUGUACCAUCCUGAAAUUAAUAAUUAAUUACUCUCAUCCAAAAUCUGGCAUAUAGAAUUUCGUAGUCCUUUCCUUUUUCUACUCGUCCUUGUAGAUAGGUUACUAUUACUAACUUUGAGCAAAAAUACGAAUUGAUAAAUAAAUGUCUGUUUGUAAUAGGUACCGAGUGCCAAGUACGAUAUAUGGUAUCGAUAGAGCGCCAUCUAGUGACAGUAAGCGUUCCCAAUAUAAGUUAAAUCGUAGUUAACAUUCACGCGAUCGAAUACGUUAACUUGGGUUCAUAAUCUCAUACUUGUCACUCAAUGCUGCCUGACUUGACUGCGAAGCUAAUAUUGGAGUACUAACUAAGUUUAAGUGGUAUUAAAACACAUUUAUUACAGCGAGGUUACUAAACAAUUGAUACAUUUUUAAAGAAAAGUUGCUUAGAAGCAUAUCGGUUUGCUUUCAUCUCCCGCAAGACAGAGUGUUAAUUGUAUAAAUGCUGUGGUUAGAAAAGAUCAACUGCCGAAUUUUCUGCUGAAUUGUUAUGCUAUAGAAUCUGCCUUUGCAACCACUGUGACACUCAAACAGACAGACUUAAUGUCAAAAGUACUUAUAUUAGGACUACUUGAAAUAAAUGAAUUAUGCUUUUGAAUAUUUUGGAUCAGAUUGAUAUUAUUAUAUUCUGGCGUUAAUCUAUUUAGUUUGAUCUGUUUAAAAUAUAAAUCGGUUUUGAAAUGAUAAAAAAAAGAUAAAAUUGUUAUUGAAUAUUUUAAAAAGAUUUGCAAGCUUCAAUAACUUAAUGGUAUUGACCAUCGUCCUUUUCAUUUGAAUAUGCCUGCCCGAACGUAAUAGAUAUUUACUUUUUAUUUUAUCUUUGACGACUUAGUGAUUUUUUUAGUUUUAUGUAUAAAAUUCUGAUUUUUAUUACUGCAUUGUGUUGCACUAAUAUAUGGGUUUUUAUAUAGUGCAGAAAAAUGGAUAUAAUGACUUGAUGACUUAAUAAGCUUUUAAUGUCACCAUUUUUUGUUCAACUUACCGUAAAACGGGGUAUAAAUAUAUUUCAAAAGUGACUUUUUAAGAGAGUUCAUACAUUUUCUGCGAGAUUAUGCUAUGGGUACGCCCAUGCUAAUUACUUGUAUUCACUUAAUUUCUCAAUCCUAUUUUUAGAGUAUCACUUUUAGCGGUUAUCAUAAAUAUUGUUAUUUCUAUGAAUCAACGUUAAGGCAGAAAUUGAAUUUUGUAUAAAUCAAUAAGA